AUGGCCGACGCGGCGCCCGCCCCGGCUGCAGAGGGGGACGAGCAGACCGGGGACCAGAGGCCCUUGACGCCUGCACCGCCCCAGCCAGCUGCUGAGAAGGGCUCCUACCUGUACUCCACUGAGAUCACGCUCUGGACCGUGGUGGCUGCUGUCCAGGCUGUGGAGAAGAAGGUGGACUCCUGCCUGUCCCGCUUGCUGACUCUGGAGGGCCGCACGGGGACGGCCGAGAAGAAGCUGGCCGACUGCGAGAAGACGGCCGCGGAGCUCGGGAACCACAUGGAGGGCAAGUGGGCCGUGCUGGGGACACUGCUGCAGGAGUACGGGCUGCUGCAGCGGCGCCUGGAGAACAUGGAGAACCUGCUGCGCAACCGGAACUUCUGGAUCCUGCGGCUGCCCCCGGGCGGCAAGGGCGAGGUGCCCAAGGUGCCCGUGACCUUCAGUGAUGUGGCCGUGUAUUUCUCUGAGCUGGAGUGGGGACGGCUGGACGAGUGGCAGCGGGAGCUCUACAAGCACGUGAUGCGGGGCAACUACGAGACGCUGGUCUCCCUGGACUAUGCCAUCUCCAAGCCUGACCUCCUCACCCGGAUAGAGAGGGGAGAGGAGCCUUGUCCUGAGGGCCAGCAGGGCCAGGAGGAGAAGGAGGUGGUGUGCCCAAGGAAGCCGGGAUCUGGCCUCCCUCCAGACCCAGAGCACACACUCAGCCCAGCCAGCCCAGCCCAGGAGGAGCCAGGAGCAAGGCAGACUUGUGGGCACCAGCGGGCCUCAGAAACAAGAGUGACACCUCCUGGGCCAUGCAUCGGUGGUGGCCGCGUGAUCAAGACUGAAGCCCAACCCCACGGUGAGCUCACGCCAGACCGGCUCUUGCGCGAGUCACCUGGCCAGGCCGAGUGUGGAGUCGCCAAAGGGCCCAGGGACGGAGCCGGGGGCCCAAGCCAGCAUCGCAGCGGCAGUGUGCCAAGGGUGAGGCUGGGGGCCGCGCACGCUCCUGGGGCCUCUGGGGAGCCACGGCGCGUCCUCUCUCGCCGCCGCCAGCGAGCCUUCCCCUGCCCAGACUGCGGACAGAGCUUCCGCCUGAAGAUCAACCUGACCAUCCACCAGCGGACCCACGCGGAGGACGACCCCGGCUUGGCGCGCUGCACUCCGGCCCCCGCCUGGGGGGACGCCCACCCCGCGCUGGAGCCCGGCGAGGUGGUGGGCGCCGGCCCGGUCAUCCGCUGGCUGCCCAGCGAGCCCGCGGCGACCAAGGUGUACCACUGCAGCGAGUGUCUGCGCUUCUUCCCAGAGCGCAAGAGCCUGUUGCAGCACCAGCGGCUGCACACGGGCGACGGCCAUGGCUGGCCCUCCUGCCCCUACUGCGGCAAGGCCUUCCGCCGGCCUUCCGACCUCUUCCGCCACCAGCGCAUCCACACCGGUGAGCGGCCCUACCGCUGCCCGCAGUGCGGCCGCGCGUUCAACCGCAACCACCACCUGGCCGUGCACAUGCAGACGCACGCGCGGGGCCAGGUGGGCCCGCUUUGCGCCGCGCCCUCGGGGACCCCGGCCCGGCCGCGGCCUCGGGCCUGUGGCCCGGAGGAGGACCGGCCCCCGCCUCCCGGGCCCUUCGCCUCCCCCUGA